UUUGUUCAUGUCGAACUGUUUUCGCCCACCCUAUUUUGUAGUCAAUUGUUGCCAAGCUUUCACUCAGAAAUACUUAAAAUUUUAUACAGUAGAGGAAUUAGUGGGUGUCACGCUUCUUGAAAUUUUUGGGCAUAAAGAUGAGUGAGGAUUACAAUCCAUUUCUAGAUGAUUCUGCGACCCCGAAUGAAGAGAACUUCACACACUUAACUGCAGCGAAGAAUGGACCAGGGAGUCACACAUCCGAGAAUGGGGUCGUGUCAAAAGACUCCCAAAGCGAGAAUGAGGAUGCAGCAGUUCUGGAACCAGAACAGAAGUACACAUCACUAGAGGAGCAUGCCUCCUCAAUGAUGAGAUCGGUUUCAAUUGAAGAAGAUGUGGAUGGGUUUGCAGCUUUAAUUGGAAGUGAUGAUUCGCAGAGUGGAAGCUCAAGAGACUUGUUUGUCAAAGUAGAUAAGCCUGAAAAGCAUGUGGAGGGAUAUGUCAGCUACAAUGUUACUACAAAGACAACAAGAGGAGAAUUUGAUCAACCAGAAUUCAAUGUGCAAAGAAGGUAUACAGAUUUUCUUUGGUUACGAAACAAGCUGGAAGAAACAUGUCCAACACACAUCAUCCCACCCCUGCCUGAGAAAUUCACGUUCAGCAAGCACUUUGAUCGAUUUGACCAAGACUUCUUGAAAACUCGACAAAAAGCCCUGGACAAGUUCCUUAACAGAGUUGCAGACCACCCUGUCAUGUCCUUUAAUGAAAAUCUCAACAAAUUCCUCACCGCCAAAGCUUGGGAGAUGACAACAGCCCGAAAGCAAUCGAGCGGCGUGAUGACGAAAUUUGGUGGAACAAUGAAAACAGCUGCCGCUUCAUUAAUUUUCAAGAACAGAGACCCAGACUUUGAGCACAUGUUGCAGUUUGUCAACAGUUACCAAAAGAAAGUGCAAGCAUUUGGUUUGUUGUCCGAUGAAAUCGCAAAGACGAGAUUUUAUUUACUCGAAGACUUAGAGGAGUAUGCAUCCGCGUUCCAUUUGUGGUCAAACUCAGAAUCAAGACUGGGAACGCCUCUGACUGCGACAGCCUUCGCGUUAGACAAGAAUGUCGAAGCUUUAAAAUCGAUCCUUCGUGUGCAAGACGGCAGAUUUGCAGAACCACUUCGAGAAUACAAUCUAUACUGCGACGCUGUUCGAAAUGCGUUACGGAAAAGAGACCAGUUUCAGGUCGAAUACGAGGUAACUAUGGAAGAUCUGGACAAAAGACGAAAAGAGAAAGAAGAUAUCGAGUCCACUGGUGAAGUUAAGUCCAUAGCAACAUUUUUCGGUAAAGAUCCCGAAAAAGCGAAAGAAGAAAAAAUGGCGAAAUUGAAUGAGCAAAUUCGAGAUCUGGUCGUUGAAUCCGAAGCCCUUGCAGAUCGAAAAGAUCGCGCGGACCAUGACAUGAAAGCAGAUAUGGACCGGUGGCAAAGGUACAAGCGAAGGGACAUGAAAUACUUACUCCUCGAAAUGUCAGAGAGACACGUUAAAUUUUACGAAUCAAGUCUGAAUGCUUGGCAAGAUGCUCUAGAUGCGGUUGCAGGCCCAAGAGCAAGAGGUGACUCGGAAGAAGAGUAAAAAAGCAAGUUGUUUAAAAACCAUACUAACAGUACUGUUUGUAGUCAAUCACCGAAUAACGGAUUCUACAUGUGGUCAGAAAAUUUUUUGAAAACGACAAUGACAUGUACAUCUUGAAAUAAGUUAGUUUAUAUUUUCACACAUUGAAUUAUUUUGUUCUAAUGGAAGGAGUAAGGUUCAACCUGGAUAUAAGUCCAAAGUGGGUAUGUUAGGUAUGGUACCCCCAUUUUAACUCAGAAAUUGGAACGCC